ACGGCGGGUCACCGACAGGCGAGAGCGCGCGGCGCGUGGCGCAGGCGGACAGAGAUGCGAGCGGAAGCCCCGAGCACGAGCGGGCCGAGGGAGAGAAAUAUCAUGCACAAGAGUUCUCAGCUCGGCUUACUUUCCAAGAUUAACUGCACCAGUUUGCAAUGUCUUCGAGUCCUGAGGGUGAAAUAGGACUGAGUGACUCCUGUGAAGAUGUGCCAUGUUUAGGUGGCUCGCCGGACACCGCGGCGUCUCUUCUCCCUCUCAGCGGAGCUGUCAUGCUGCCCAAAGUCGAGUCGGAGUGCCUGGGACUCGCUCGGUCGCAUGGGGAGCAGGGACACCUUCCUGCAAACAUGCAAGCCCCUCAGUUUAAAAUGAUGGACUACUCCUAUGACGAAGACCUGGAUGAGAUGUGUCCUGUGUGUGGAGACAAGGUGUCCGGAUAUCACUACGGCCUGCUCACCUGUGAGAGCUGCAAGGGUUUCUUCAAGCGCACUGUGCAGAACAACAAGCGCUACACGUGUAUCGAGAACCAGAGCUGUCAGAUCGACAAGACUCAGCGUAAGCGCUGCCCGUACUGCCGCUUCCAGAAGUGCCUCAACGUCGGAAUGAAGCUGGAAGCUGUGCGAGCGGACCGCAUGCGAGGCGGUCGCAACAAGUUCGGCCCCAUGUACAAGCGCGACCGUGCGCUCAAGCAACAGAAGAAAGCGCUAAUCCGGGCCAGCGGCCUCAAGCUGGAAGCCAUGAACCACACCAUGCAGAGCGCACCGGCUGACCUCACCAUUUCCUCCGCCAUCCAGACCAUCCACUCAGCUUCCAAAGGUCUGGCACUGAGUCACCACCACCACCACCACCACCAUCAUCACCAACACCACCAGCAUCACCAGCAUCACCAGUCCAGCUCCGACUACGACCGCAGCCCAUUUGUCCCUUCGCCCGUCAGCAUGGCUAUGCCACCGCAGGGCUACCAGGCCUACGGGCACUUCCAGAGCCGGGCCAUCAAGUGCGAGUACCCCGAGCCGUACGGCAGCUCGCCUGAAUCGCUGAUGGGCUACGCGUAUACCGAGGCGCCCGGUUUCCCGCGCUUGGUAGCCGAGCUGCUCAAGUGUGAACCCGACGAGCCGCAAGUGCAAGCCAAGAUCCUGGCUUACCUGCAGCAGGAACAGGCCGGCCGCAGCAAGCACGACAAGCUCAACACAUUCGGCCUCAUGUGCAAGAUGGCCGACCAGACGCUCUUCUCGAUCGUCGAAUGGGCGCGCAGCAGCAUCUUCUUCCGCGAACUAAAGGUUGAUGACCAAAUGAAACUCCUCCAGAACUGCUGGAGCGAGCUUCUCAUCCUUGACCACAUCUUCCGCCAGGUGAUGCACACCAGAGGCUCCAUUCUGCUGGUUACGGGGCAACAGGUGGAUUAUGCGCUGAUUGCGUCUCAAGCCGGAGCCACCCUGAACAACCUCCUGAGUCGGGCGCAGGAGCUGGUCAGCAAGCUGCGCUCCCUACAGCUGGACCAGAGAGAAUUCGUCUGCCUCAAGUUCCUGGUGCUGUUUAGUUUAGACGUGAAGAACUUGGAGAACUUCCACCUGGUGGAGAGCGUUCAAGAGCAGGUGAACGCAGCCCUGCUCGAUUACGUCAUGUGCAACUACCCUCAGCAGACGGAUAAAUUCGGCCAGCUGCUGCUCCGGCUGCCCGAGAUCCGCGCCAUCAGCCUGCAGGCCGAGGAAUAUCUAUACUACAAGCACCUGAACGGCGACGUCCCCUGCAAUAACCUGCUCAUCGAGAUGCUGCACGCCAAACGCGCCUGAACGAAGCGCCUGAACAACCACGGAACGCACGCACUGCUCCCAGACUACACCCUUCCAAUCCAGCAUCAUCAGCAGCCACAGCAUCGAAAAAAAACACACGUACACUCGGAUGCCUCCGCACUUCACCGGGCGGUACGCUGCACGGUUCGUGUGGUCCGGGCUUAAAUUUCAGAAGAAACGGGAGUCGGGUAAAAAAAAACACUUGAAAACGAGUUUUUGGAUGAUUAGAGGUGGGGAUGGAGGUGGAAAUCCAUUAAUUCCUACCCCUUCAUUCUAAACUGUGAUGUAACGAUGUUGUGAUCUAUUGGUACACUUUAAACAUCACCUGAUCAUCAUUUCCGCUCCGCUCAAAGCACGACGUGUCGAGGGUCGAGACCCUUCUCCUCCAAGACCCUGAGAUGUCUUUUCAUUAUGGCGGCCAGUCAUGACAGAGCUGUAAGAGAGAAGGCACCAGGAUCAUGUCACUUGAACCAAAAGUGCAGAUGUAAUGACUUAUGAACAACUAAACAUACUGUUCAUCUAGCAGGACUUUUUGCUUUUCACUUGCGGACAAAAACAUCUUUUCUUUCAAAAAAAAAAAAAAUCCAUCUAUGAACUUUGGACCUCCAGGACCUGUUCUUUCAUUUCUAAGUUAUUAAGCAGUUAUGUCUAUCAGGACGAUUUCACCCACGAACACCUCGUCAUCACGCGGAAGACGCUGUUGCAGAGCCGAGACGAAGAAAUACUGCCUCCUCAGUCCAAAACCAGACCAAAGCCUGCUGCAGAACAAACACAUACAACACAAUGAACAGCAAAAAACUUUUAUUUGUCA